GGCAAGUUCAAGUCAUGUGACGAAUUAAGCGACGAAAGGACUGAAAUGGACAAAUUACCGAACACCCGCAACCAAACGGUAAAGAAUAAUAGGGUUACAAGGGGCCCGGUUGAUUCAUUUUCCAAAGCCUAAAACACAGUUGACGAAGUGGCUACGAUGUAUUAAGGCUUGCAGAAGACCGCACGUACAACUAAAUGUGAACAAUAUCAACAAACACAAGGCUGUAUCUUCGAAGAUGGAGGAAAUCAAAGAUUCCCCAGACUAUAACUGGUUCAGAAGCGCAGUUCCCCUGAAAAGAAUAAUUGUUGAUGAUGAUGACAGCAAAGUGUGGUCCUUGUAUGAUGCUGGCCCAAAGAGCAUCAGGUGCCCCAUCAUCUUCCUUCCUCCUGUCAGUGGAACUGCAGACGUUUUCUUUCAACAGAUGUUGGCUUUGACAGGCUGGGGCUACAGAGUAAUAUCUCUUCAAUAUCCGGUGUACUGGGAUCUCAUGGAGUUCUGUGAUGGAUUUCGUAAACUUCUUGAUCACUUACAGUUAGAUAAGGUUCAUCUGUUUGGUGCAUCCUUGGGUGGAUUCCUGGCACAGAAGUUUGCAGAGUUAACAUGCAAGUCCCCCAGAGUUCACUCUUUGAUACUGUGUAAUUCAUUCAGUGAUACCUCCAUCUUUAACCAGACAUGGACAGCGAACAGUUUUUGGUUGAUGCCAGCUUUCGUGUUGAAGAAGAUCGUUCUAGGCAACUUUGCUAAAGGACCCGUUGACCCAGAAAUGGCUGGUGCAAUUGACUUCAUGGUUGAUAGGCUGGAGAGCCUGAACCAGAGAGAGCUAGCUUCCAGAUUAACACUAAACUGUCAGAACUCCUAUGUGGAGCCACACAAAAUAAAGGAUGUUGCUGUGACAAUUAUAGAUGUUUUUGAUCAGAGUGCUCUCUCGUUAGAAGCUAAGGAAGAGAUGUAUAAAUUGUUUCCAAAUGCCAAACGAGCUCAUCUGAAAACUGGCGGAAACUUCCCUUACCUUUGCCGACGUGCCGAUGUAAACCUCUACACGCAGAUUCAUUUGCGUCAGUUCCAUGGAACACGGUAUGCUGCCAUUGACCCCGCUAUGGUGAGUGCUGAGGAGCUGGAGGUCCACGAGUGCCACCUUAAAACGUGCCAGGAAUCUGACGAGGAGCAAUAACAAGCAUUUUAUAGCACUGCAAAAAUUUUAAUGUAACUUUAUGAUUAAAAUGACGUUUAUAAGA